AAUAUGGCAUGAAUUUUCUUGGUUUUCUUAAGUUUUCAAGGUAUACCUAAUAAAGCGUGUGUAGCAUAGCUUCAAAAUUUCACAAUCAAAAUGGGGCACUCCGGUGAAGAACUAGCUAGAUUCGUAGUAAUGAGCUGAAUUUUUGUAUGGCGAGAUGAUAAAUUCUCGGUUUCUGCAAUUAUUGUAUUUAUUGUACGGACUUCCCAAACAUUUUAGCUCGGGCACCACAGACGCCCGACGUCAACCCAGCCGUCGCGACGUCGCGACCAUGUGAGUGGGUGCCGUGAGUGUGUCAACAAACAAACCGCGCGAACCGCAGCAAACCAUUACGCUUUCCACUAAAUCCAUGAUUUUCAAUAGUUAGAAAAGUGAUAUCAAAGAAAUUUUUAACGAUCAUUUCGCGAAUGGAGCUGAAUGGCAAGGAACUCGAAGAUGGUAAAGUGCUGCAUGUUGGCCGCGCACAGAAGAAGAACGAGCGUGAAAUGGAGCUCAAGCGUCGUUUUGAACAACUGAAGAUCGAACGCCGUCGCCAGGGAGUCAACCUCUACGUUAAGAACUUGGAUGAUUCUAUCGACGAUGAGCGUCUCCGUAAGGAGUUCUCCCCGUUCGGAACAAUUACAUCUGCCAAGGUGAUGUUAGAAGAAGGACGUUCAAAGGGCUUCGGUUUCGUUUGUUUCUCUGCUGCGGAAGAAGCUACGAAAGCCAUUACCGAGAUGAAUGGUCGCAUCGUUGGAAGCAAGCCGUUGUAUGUCGCACUUGCCAAGCGCAAGGAAGAUUGGAAAGCCCAUCUUGCUUCGCUAUACAUGCAACGUAUGGCGAAUAUGCGUAUGCAACACAUUUUCCAGCCGGGCGGCAACGGUGGUUAUGUACCACAACCGCAACGAUUCUUCUCCAAGCCAGCUCUAAACGCCCAAGCAGCACAGGCUGCUUCCGCUGCAAUGCGCAAUACGGCUCGUCCAAUCACUGGCCAACUGGCUGGAAAUAGGCAAACGCGUCCUGCUGCGCCGCAGAAGGCCGCUAAGCAAGUUAGAGCUACAAGCUACAAGUACACGCAGAACAUGCGUACAGGACACGCACCACUCACGGCCUCCAUGCUGGCUGUCAUGCAUCCCGUUGAACAGAAGCAGAUGCUUGGUGAACGUCUAUUCCCGUUGAUCGAACCAAUGUAUCCAGCGAUUGCUGGUAAAAUUACUGGAAUGUUGCUGAAGAUGGAAAUUUCAGAGGUGGUUCACAUGUUGGAGCACAGUGAAUCGCUGAAGGCCAAGGUCGAUGAAGCCGUUGCCGUACUUCACGCUCAUCAACAGAAAACUCAACAGCAGUAAGUGCAUAAUUUCAUCGUUUUGCAGCCUACAUGCACACUUCAUGACCUAUGUGCGUCAAAUAUUAUCUCGCAUCGAACUUUCCGGAAAAAAUUCAAUUUUACUCUUCGACCAUGAAACGCAGAAAACGGUCAAAUUGAAAUAAAGGCCAAUUUUGUAUCUGCGUGUCUACAUUUCGCUAUUCGCCCAAGAUAUAAUUGAAUCACUUCAAUGAAUAUUAAAAUAAACUUUCAUCAUUUUUUCACACCGAAAACAAUUUUUGUCUACAAUAAUUUCAAAUACAUUUAUUAUUUAUCAUCCCUCCCCCUGAACUCCGAGAGUCUCUCUACCUGUUGUUCAUUCAUUACACGCAGAAAAAUAUCGAUAGGUAGAACCUAAAAACGCAUCAAUUAGAAUCUAUCAUUUUUGCAGAAAUUGAAUCAAUCCAUCCUUUUAUUUGUUUCUAUUCCCCUAUGUUUUUGAAACAACAAAUUUUUCGAAUUGAAUAAAAUGUAUUGAUAGAUUUUAUUGUCAACAAAUCUCCAUUAUUGUUUCUAUUAUAAACGUUUGUAGAAUCAACAAUAAAGCAUUCAUUUUACUGUUUUUUUGUGUUUGAGAAGUUUUUUUUUGUUACUCUUCUAAAUAAAAGUGGAAAUUCUGCGCUGAGAAAACUGAUCUUUUUAUGAUACUGCUGUUAAUUAAGGUAAGUGUACAUUACAACUUCGGUUUAGUAUAUUACUAAUAUUAUUUGUAAUUUCAGGCAAUAUGUUCCGUAGAGGUGGACAACAUUACAGCAAAAAAUCGCACAAGGGAAGCAUUGAUGGUACCAAUUGCUGUGAUUCAUCAAAAAGAAUCGCGCCUGCUAACGUACAAUGGCACCGAUAUUUAUAUGACUGCAUACAUUUCAACAUAGGCGAUGUGAAUUGAUAAAUCUUAUAUAAUCUGCUUGUAUAAUAAAAACAUAGAUGUAAAUAAACAAGAAUGGAUUCAAUUUAUAAGUUUUUGUUUGUUUUGCAUUGUUGAGACAACAAAUACAAUUUUUUGUUUCAAUAUCACUCCUUUUGUUAUUUCAACACAUUGUUCUUUAGAUUUAACAAAUCUUAUUUUUAGUUUCAACAAAAGGUCUGUUUUGGUUCUGACAGCUGAAAAGUUUCGGGCAUUUUUGGAAACAACAAAUUUUAUUGUUGAUAUCAAUUUGUAAUUUUGUUGAUUCAACAAAAUUUACUGGUAAGCCCUGAGUCUACAAUAAAAUUUGUUGAAUCCAUUCAGAAUUCUUUUGGUUUUACAAUAUAUUUUUCUGCGUGUACGAAAAAGCUUUCGACCGUAAUCAUGGAAACAUGUGGGAAGCCCUCAGGCGCAAGGGUCUGCCUGAGAAAACCAUCGGCCUCAUUGAAGAAAAGUACAGGGCAUUUUCCUGCAGAGUACUGCAAAACGGUGUUUUGUCCGAUCCCAACCCGGGUCAUUGCUGGAGUGAGGCAAGGAUGUAUCCUAUAACCGCUACUGUUCUUCAUCGUGAUCGAUGAGAUCCUGGUGGGUGCGAUUGACUGUGGAUCAAAUUGUGGAUUGCUGCGGCAGCCUAUUACCAUGGAGCACCCAAAUGGCUUCGAACUGGCUCAAUGGCGCUCUGAUAUGCAGAGCGAGCUCGAUGAUCUUGCCAAUCGCUCCUCAACGGCAGGUCUUACCAUCAACGUCAACAAGACCAAAUCGUUCGAUGUAAACACGGCCAACCCUUCCAGCUUUACGGUAGCUGGGCAAUCAGUGGAGAAUGUUGAAAACUUCUAAUAUCUCAAGAAAGAUCAAGUAAGCGAGGACUGCCUUUGCGAGUUUAAGAAAUGUAUGAAAAAAAAAAUCAGAUUAGCCGACGCACCAAAAUUCGAAUUUUCAACUCGAACGUGAAAUCUGCGCAUAUCAGUCUCAUCUUUGUUGGAUUCCCUAUGCAAAAAGGACAGAUAUGCGAUUCACGGCAGUACCGUGUGCGCACCUAACUUUGCGCAGGUCCAAACUUUUCGCAUUCUUGUAAAAUAAUUAAAAAAAUAACUAAAUGUCAACAUUUUCACCAGUUUAAUCAUUGCACUAGCAUUGUGUAAACAUAAACAUUAUUUGACGAAAAUUAUAUUACCAUAAAAUCUUUGUUUAUGUUGAAUAAUAAACAAAAAAUACACAAAAACGUCAAAAUUUGCCUCGCCUUAACACGGCUGCCAAGAAGUAACUCUACUAAAAAUCAACAUUUUCCUCGAUAAAACUGUGCAACGAUGAUUAAUUUUGCAGUUAAUUGUCAAAAAAGAUGAUAUUCUAGUAAUAUCAAACACAGUUCGUAAUAUGUUUUUUUAAUUUAACUAGUAAAUAGUGGUGCGCAAUGUUUGGAACCAAUAUUUGCACUGUGUUCCUAAUUUUUGCGCACUUUCAGUAAAUGCAUGAUGAACGUGAAUACAUGACUUAUGAACCAUUUAAAUAUUAUGUAACAAUUGUAUUGAUAAUUUCAGGCCUGCCUCCACCAUGUAGCAAAUUUUGUAUGGAAAAUAGUAGAAAAUUGUAUGAACCGUAGCACUACGGCAGGCACUUUUGGUCUGUCUACAAUGUUACGUGAUUUGUGAACAGUCCUUCAUUUGACUUUUCCGGCGGUCAAUGUUAGGGACGAUUCAAAUAUGACGUCCACCAUUUUUUUUGAAUUUUAGAACCCCCUCCUCCCCCGGGUUACCCCGUCACGCUUCAUAGUACCUAUACCUAAUACAUGGCAUAUCACACUUUUUCAGAUAACUCCAACCCCACCCCCCUCCAACCAAAGAUGACGUCAUAUUUAAAUGAUCCCUUAUUGUUCCUAUCCGUAACGAUCACUCCAUUUAUCAGGAAGCUUUUACCUUUGAUCUCUACCCAGUGGAAAACCCCUCAUGAAUUUUGGAUUGUUCACAGGGUAGGUGCCUAGUACGAACCGCAGACGAAUUCAAGAACUGCCGGAGGCCUCCGUCGCCCCUGUCUCAUAGGACACAGUAUUUAAAUAAAGAUCAGUUAAGGGCACACUACCUGAAUAACUUUAGUUUAAUGGAGAAACAUUAAAUAAUAGUAUUUUUGAUGACUUUUUUAAGCAAUUCAUAAGCAUGCGCAAAGUUAGGCACACCAUGCGCAAAGUUAGGAACAAUCGUAGAUUUUGUGCGCAAAGUUAGGAACAAGGCAAUGAAAUAGUUUUUCUAUUUUAAGUAUUUUUUGGUUAAUAUUAUGAUUUUUUUAAUAUUGCAGACUCAAAGAAGGAUCAUUAGUCUAUCGUAUGAGCACGUUGUUCAUGAUAUUAUUUGUUUGUUUGCAUUUUUUAUAACGAUUAGAAAUUUGAUUUUUCUUAACUGCGCAAAGUUUGGUGCAUACACGGUAUAGAUCUUGUCUGUCCAACUGGAAUGUUCCUUGGUGGAAUGAUAAGCUGGCAGAUCUGAGGAAGAAAUCUAGACGGUUGUUCAAUAGAGCAAAAGUUACAUCUGAUUUGGUUCAGUAUAAACAAGCCCUUACAGAAUACAACCGAGAAUUGAGGCUAGUCAAACGGAAGGACUGGAGACGGGUAUGUGAAGACAUUAAUAACGCUCCUACGGCUGCAAGGCUUCAUAAAGUCCUUUCGAAAGACCAUUCAUUUGGUCUUGGAAGUCUUUAAAAAAGAAGAUGGCAGUUUUACUGUUGGUUCUUCUGAAGCAUUGGAAGUAAUGAUGAGAACUCACUUCCCAGACAUGCGUGGUCGACCAAUGCCUAUCAAAAAGCUUGAGAAAUCUUCACACCGUCGAGGGUCGAAUGGGCAUUGAGUUCUUUUCAACCUUUCAAAUCUGCCGGGAAAGAUGGAAUUUUCCCAGCUUUACUUCAACAUGGAAAAGAGGCGAUUUAUCCGGUCUUAACCGAAAUAUUCAGAGCCAAUAUUAUCUAGUAUUAUUAGUUUUUACCCCAAAAGCUGGCAAACGGGACAAAACAACUCCAAAAGCCUUCAGACCCAUAAGCCUUUCUUGUGUUCUGUUAAAGACUAUGGAGAAAAUAGUGGAUGACUUUGUCAAGUCUACCAGCUUAGUAGAAAUGCCUCUAAGCAAAUUUCAAUUUGCUUAUCAAACAGGCAAAUCUACCAUAACAGCACUACAGUCGCUAGUCAGCAAAAUUGAGAAAUUGUUUCAACCUAAGGAAAUAGCCGUGGUUGCCCUUCUCGACAUUGAAGGAGCAUUCGAAAACGCAUCCUACAGCUCAAUGCGUUCAGCAAUGGAAGCAAGGGGCUUGGAUAAAUGCAUUAUUGAAUGGAUAAUAUCGAUGCUUAGAGAUCGAGAGAUCUCUUCCGUUCUUGGAGGUGCGCAACUAUCAGUAAGAUCUGUGAAGGGCUGUUCUCAAGGAGGAGUACUAUCGUUCUUAUUGUGGUGUUUGGUAGUGGACGAACUCCUUAAAAAACUCAUCAAUCAAGGCUUUGAGGUUAUUGGAUACGCAGAUGAUGAAGCUAUUCUGAUAGGGGUGGUGGGGGUAAAGUGGACAGGUGGGGUAAAAUGGACUGGGUACAGUUUCAUGGCUUUUAUUAUUUUUCAAAAUGUUUCAACGAUUGAAGCUUAUGCCUAAGCAUGAAUCCUUAUACUUUUGCUAAUCUUGAACAUUAAAAUCAAAUAAACCUUUUCAAGAUGAAAAAAACUUUAAAAAUCACGUGAAAAAUCGGAAAUAAUGUAAAAUUUGCUUAUAACUACUAAGGUUUUCUCGUAAGUUAUUUUCAAAUUAUAUCAAGUUUUACACCCUAAACCA